AUGAAGAUAAAAAUUUCCAUCGAAAUUAGUCUUUCGCUCCUAUCUGAACAUUACAAAAGAAACGAAAACUGUAUUAGUAAUAUGCUUGUAAUUGGAGAAGGGCCGAGGGGCGAGACCAUUGUGGAGCGAUUUUAA